GCGCUCCCGUCUCUCUGACAUUCCGCCUGCUCUCACGUGCUUUCUGUGUAUAAAAGGUCCCCGUCUCUGCUCACCAUGUCCACUGUGUCACCAGACAAACGACGAAAGAUGGAGUCAGCGCUGAACCAGUUGAAGAAACACACUGUGGUGGUGGCAGACACCGGAGAUUUUAACGCCAUUGACGAGUACAAGCCUCAAGAUGCCACUACUAACCCAUCUCUUAUCCUGGCUGCUGCCAAGAUGCCAGCCUACCAGCACCUGGUGGAUCAGGCUAUUAAAUAUGGCAUCGCUAAAGGCGGAACUGAUGAGGAGCAGGUAGCCAACACCAUGGACAAGCUGUUUGUGAGUUUCGGGCUGGAGAUCCUCAAGAAGGUCCCAGGCAGGGUCUCUACUGAGGUGGAUGCCAGAUUAUCUUUCGAUAAAGAGGAAAUGGUUGCCAAGGCCCUGAGGCUCAUCGCGCUCUAUAAAGAAGCGGGCAUCGGCAAGGAGCGUGUGCUCAUUAAGCUGUCAUCCACAUGGGAAGGAAUCCAGGCUGGCAGGGAGCUUGAGGAGAAGCACGGUGUUCACUGCAACAUGACCCUGCUGUUCUCUUUUGCUCAGGCUGUGGCCUGUGCAGAAGCAAAUGUAACUCUGAUAUCACCCUUCGUUGGGCGCAUCCUCGACUGGCACAAGGAGAAUACAGGCCGCAAAAGCUUCGAGUCGCAUGAAGACCCAGGCGUGCUGAGUGUGACCCAGAUUUACAACUACUACAAGAAGUUUGGCUACAGCACUGUGGUGAUGGGUGCCUCCUUCAGAAACACGGGGCAAGUCAAAGCCCUGGCGGGGUGUGAUCUGCUCACCAUCUCCCCUGGCCUGCUAGCAGAGCUCAGCCAGGACCACAGCAUCGUUGCAGAGAUGCUCAAAGUGGAGAAAGCCAAGGCCAGUGAUCUGGAGAAGAUCCACCUGGAUGAGAAGGCUUUCCGCUGGCAGCACAACGAGGACCGUAUGGCCAUGGAGAAACUGUCUGACGGCAUCCGCAAGUUCGCUGCCGACGGCAUCAAGCUGGAGACCAUGAUCAAAGAGAAAAUGCUCGGUGUGAAAAAUGGCCAGUAAUUGACAGAUUUGGUGUCUCAGGCUACAUUGACAGGAAGUAUAAGGAGUUAGCAGGCUGCCUUCUUUGUGUCCAACUACCUGAGAAGGUCCAAAGCACCAGAAGGCCUUCCCUCUCCUCAUCUUACCAAACUCCAGGGACCUCCCUCAUGAAUGGACACUUUUCCUCUCUUAGACCGGGAUUAACUACAGAUGCUGUAUAAUGGUCUAAUAUUUACUAGAACGGGGAAAAGCUUUGUAGAACCAAUGUCUUAAUUUGUCUCUGAGUAAUAUGUGACUACUAGAAAGGACCAAGGACCACCAUUUUUCUAUCUACACCAUUUGGACCAGGUUGAGGGCAGAACUUGAUCAAGACCAUUGUUCAUCAUUCCUCACUAUAUUAUAUUUUUCUCUUUCAAUAAAUAAAAAUCUCUCAUUACA